AUGGUGGCGUGGUCGUUGUGGGCGGUGCAGCGGCUGCAGCGGCUGCAGCGCCUCCUGGCCUCCAGGACCAUGUCACAGAGCUGGGGAUGGCUCCACUCAUUCAGCACUGCCACCCCAAGAACGGCUGGGGAAGACUGCAGUUCUGAGGACCCUCCUGAUGUACUCAGUCCCUCCCUUGCUGAACAGGCCUUAAGGCUAAAAGCUGUUAAACUGGAAAAAGAAGUCCAAGAUUUAACACUAAGAUACCAGAGAGCUGUCGCUGAUUCUGAAAACAAAAGGAGACGAACCCAGAGAUGUGUGGAAGACGCCAAGAUAUUUGGAAUCCAAAGCUUCUGUGAGGACUUGGUGGAGGUGGCAGACAUUUUGGAGAAGACUGCUGAGUGCUUUUCAGAAGGAGCCAAACCCGAGGACCACAAGCUUACUCUGGAAAAAGUCUUUCAAGGACUGUCUCUUUUAGAAGCAAAGCUGAAAAGUGUGUUUGCCAAGCAUGGCCUAGAGAAAAUGACGCCCAUUGGUGACAAAUACGACCCUCAUGAGCAUGAACUCAUCUGUCACAUGCCAGCAGGUGUUGGGGUACAGCCUGGCACUGUGGCAUUAGUACGACAAGAUGGCUACAAACUUCAUGGCCUCACCAUUAGACUUGCCCAAGUGGAAGUGACCGUGGAGUCUCAGAGAAGGCUAUGAACGAGCCACC